AUGUUUAUUGACGGUUACUACAAUGAGACUUCGGGUGUGAUUCAAGGACUUCAAUUCAAAACCAACAUGAAAACUUCGGAACUGAUGGGUUGUUACGAUGAUGAAACGGAUACUAAGUUUUCACUUGGAUCGAACAGCAAUAAGAUUAUUGGAUUUCAUGGAUAUGCUGAGAAGUACCUUAACUCUAUUGGAGCAUAUUCCACAUCGCUUCCUCUAACUAGAGGUGACUUAUGCCAUAACAAUGAUACAGGCUACGUCUGGGAUGAUGGUACUUUCCAAGGAGUAAGAAAGGUGUACGUUUAUCAUGAUGAUUAUUCUAUGAGGUGUGUUCGUUUCGAUUACGAUAACAAUGGCAAAGUGGAAUCCCGUGAGCACGGGUCGAAAGCUGCGGUCACGUUUGUCCUAGACUAUCCAACUGAAUUUCUCACGUCCGUGGAAGGGACUAGCGUAUAUCGUUAUCCUCAAUCAAGGAUUACAUCGUUUAUUUUCAAAACAUCAAAAGGGAGGGCCUCUCCGAUAUUUGGAAAUGCGUUUAGUGACGAUCAGCUUGUUAAAUUUGUGCUUGAGAAAAAGGGUUGUGCUUUUGUUGGGUUCCAUGGACGGUCUCUUUCUGCUCUUCUUAAUGCUCUUGGAGCAUAUUUUUUACCAAUGCCUCCUCCUCAAGAUGGGGAGAAACUAGAAGAAUAA